AUGCCGCCGCCACCCCGGCCCCUGUCCCCUAGCCUGGACCGUGCAUUCCCGACAGGCGUCGUUGUGGACGUAGGAAGCACAGGACGGCUCCACAAGAUGACCAGCCUGUUCCGCAGGAGUAGCAGCGGCAGCGGCGGCGGCGGUGGCGGAGCCACCGGGGCUCGCGGGACCGGGACCGGGGCAGGGGCAGGGGCCGGGACCGGAGCUGGGGCCGGGGAUGGCAGCGCAGCUCCUCAAGAGCUCAACAACAGCCGGCCGGCCCGCCAGGUGCGCCGCCUCGAGUUCAACCAGGCCAUGGACGACUUCAAGACGAUGUUCCCCAACAUGGACUACGACAUCAUUGAGUGCGUGCUGCGUGCCAACAGCGGCGCGGUGGACGCCACCAUCGACCAGCUGUUGCAGAUGAACCUGGAGGGUGGUGGCAGCGCCUAUGAGGACAGCUCAGACUCGGAGGACAGCAUCCCACCAGAGAUCUUGGAAAGGACUUUGGAGCCGGAUAGCUCGGAGGAAGAGCCCCCGCCUGUGUACUCACCACCGGCUUACCACAUGCACGUGUUCGACAGGCCUUACCCGAUGGCUCCUCCAACUCCACCUCCCCGGAUUGAUGUCCUAGGCUCUGGACAACCUACAAGCCAGAGUCGCUACAGGAACUGGAACCCACCCCUGCUGGGCAACCUUCCUGAUGACUUUCUCCGAAUCCUGCCCCAGCAGAUGGACAGCAUUCAGGGUCACCCUGGGGGUUCCAAGCCUAUGGGUGGAGAGGGAGGCCCACCUCCAGUGCCAGGACCCGGUGUCUGCGACCAGGACAGCCGCUGGAAGCAGUACCUGGAGGACGAGAGGAUCGCCCUCUUCCUGCAGAACGAGGAGUUCAUGAAGGAACUGCAGCGCAACCGUGACUUUCUCCUCGCGCUGGAGAGAGAUCGAUUAAAGUAUGAAUCCCAGAAAUCCAAAUCCAGCAAUGUGGCUGUCGGAAAUGAUUUCACCCUUCCCUCCUCUGUCCCAGGAACCAGUGACACCAACCCCACUGUGUCAGAAGAUGCCUUAUUCAGGGACAAGUUGAAACACAUGGGAAAAUCCACGCGUAGGAAGCUGUUUGAACUCGCGCGAGCUUUCUCUGAGAAGACCAAAAUGAGGAAGUCAAAGAGGAGACACUUGCCGAAGCUUCAGUCGCUGGGAGCUGCUGCUUCGACAGCCAACCUCCUGGAUGACGUGGAAGGCCAUGCUUACGAUGAAGACUUCCGGGGAAGGCGGCAGGAGGUACCUAAGGUAGAAGAGGCCCUAAGAGAAGGACAGUAAGAGGUGCCAGCAGCGUCGCCUUGCCAGAGACACUCUGACCGGGUGGAGGUAACCAGGGGGAAACAGCAGUGCCCUCCAGCUGCAGCCGAGACAGAUGGUGCUUGCGUACCAGCGCCCAGGCUUCUUCAGCCACAGUCCAGCCCAGCCACUGCCACUUUCCGCCUUUCCACGGGACUUAGAACUUUCAGAGUUGCUUGUGAUUGGAGGAGGGACCUGGAGCCUUAGAGACAAACCUUACAAACCUGGUUUGUAGUCUGGCUCCUCUCGUCUGUCGAGGAUGAGCAGAAAUUCAGGAACCACCCCACACAUUUAAAAAGAGAAGGAGGAGGAGGAGGAGGAGGAGGAGGAGGAGGAAAAGGAAAAGGAAAAGAAAGAAAAGAAAAGAAAAGAAAAGAAAGAAAGGUCCCAGGAAGCGCCAAGGUUGCAGUUAAGAGAGCUGGCAAAAUGACCCAUCCGGAGGCCCUUUGGGCCUGAAAAGAGGGCUUUCCUGUUUCUUUCCCAUCACUCCUGGUGUGCCACAACGGGUGUGAUCUAUCCCUAUAUCCCACCCAUCCCCACCCCACCCCCGCCUUUCUUUCUAAAGGUCUCCGACAUCUCAGCCUUGGAUGGAACUGCUGACUCUUGGCCCAUACCUGCACAGAACUCUGGGCGCUGUGGCCUUGCCGGGGUCUAGCUCACAGGGCUGCUUCUUAUUAAGGGCUGGCUGUCACCUCCAGCAGCCUCCUCUUGACCCAGCAGGGAUGGGGAGGGUGACCCCGGAGCUGGAGGACUCUCUCUAAGCUUGGUCUUUCGUUAGGCUGAAGAUCAAAGCUGGUUCUUGAUUUACAUCACAGUGGGGCUCCUCAGGGGCUGGACUGGUCCUGCUGUUUUGUAAGGCAGGGAGGUGCUGGAGGGAGGGUGACCCCAACUGAGAAGGUGUGUGUAGGCUGAAGUGCACGUUGCGGAGGCUACCAGCCUGGGGCAGGGGUGGGGGUGGGGAAGCACCUAGGACAGGAACUAGCUGGGUGCCUCGGGUGGAGAACCAGAGCUGACCCGAAGAACACUGGUGAUUCUAGGAAUUCUCAGCCAUGGAGGCCGCAAUUGUGUACCACUCGUUCUAUGAUCUGGGAACUCGCUGACCUUUAGAGAGAGUUGGGAAGCCCGGGGAGGCGCGGGGACCUGGUUGAGAAUGGGAUUCGAUGCUUGGGUGGCGGGGGCUGCUAGGGACUGGUAGGAAAUGGAACCUCCAAUUGCCUCAACUUCUGCCGGUCGAGCUUCCCCGGGCUCGGGAGAGCGGUGCACACAGAGUGACCAAGUUUGGAAACGUACGCAGGGCGGGGUUGGGGUGGGAGACCGUGGUGGCACCCAGCCAGUCCUGUGACCCCUGAAGAAAAGGACGCCUCCCCGCCCACCAUGAGCCCCGGGCGGCUAGACUGUGCUCCAGACGCGUCUGGGCCUUCCCUGCUCCAGGGCCAGGCGCACGCACGACGAGAAAGCUGUAGGUCUGUGUGUGUCACUUUGUUAUUUUUUCCCUUUUGUGUGUGGUUUUUUCCUUGGAGCCGUUUCAUAGGAAUUCCGGUAAUAAAGACUUGGUGUUCUCUUGG